GGCUGUGAAUUUGGAUUUUUUGAGAUGUCAAAUAAAUGCAGAAUGCAAAUAAUAAUAUAGAUAGAGAGAGUGUGUAAAAAGAAGACCGAGAAGUGAUGAAAAGGGGGACUGAUAAGAAAGGAGUGGGUUUGAAUGUAUUAAGUUGAAAACAAUAUUGUGACGUGUUAAUAAUUUCCAAUCCAAUAAUAUAUGUUUUUCAAUUUUAGGCUAUUAAUAGGGUAAACCUUUUUGUUUUUAAAGUAUUAAAGGAUUCUAUAUUUGGUUGAGUAAAUAGGCCUACUUGUAGUGCUGUAAAAGAAAUAUCAAUUAUGUUCAAGAAAUUGAAAGAUAAGAUAGCUGAAGAGGUGAAACAAUCUCCGUUAAAAUCAGUACAACAACUCGCAAGUGCAGUAGUUUCGCCCUCCAGCAGCUCAGUGUUUGAACCUUCUUCGAAUGAUCACUUCUGCAUUGAUGAUGACGACGAAGAUAAUCAAGAUACGCCAAAGAAUUCGCCGGCCAAAGCUGGUGGGUUCACCACGGUGAACCUGCAUGGACAAACGUCAUCAGUGGCCUCUCUGGAUGCGUCCUUCUCGCACGACACCAGCACUCGCUCCCGCAAGUCGUCCGUCAGCUCAGUGACCAGUGAUGCCUCGUCGUUCUUCCCACGCUAUGAACCGUCAUCCAACAGUUUUCAUCUGCAAUCGGAUCUGGAGUCAGCCAGUGAAGUGGAAGAUUCACUCAAUGUACAACUUGACCGAGUUAGCAAAGAAAAUCUGUAUGAAGCCUAUCGUAAGCUGCGAAUGCGCUAUAACAAGUAUAAGGGCAGAUUCGUAGACUUGGCAGAGCAUUAUCGACGGCUCGAAAAGGAAAACACCAAAUGCAAGAACAUCCUAUUAGAUACUCAAGAUAAAGCGUUGAGGAGAUUCAGUGAGCUGCGGGAGCAGUGUGCGCUCGAGCAAGAAGCCAAAGCUCAUUUGGAAGAGGCUCUGCGAAGUGAUCUGGAAGAGAAGGAUCACUUGAUACGAACUCUCAACACAAAGAUUGAACUAUUAAAAAAAGGAGAUGAGCUGGAGAAACCUGCAACGCAAGAUAAAAAUCUUAUGGAUUUUUCAAACCCACCCAGCGAUGACAGUAAAGCUCUUGAAGAAAGAGUAAAGAACUUGGAAUUGAUGUUGGAGGAAAGUAAAGCAUCCAUAUUGGAAAAGAACGAGAUCAUUGGCAAACAUCAGAAUGAAUUAGCAUCUACUAAGAACCUCUAUUCUCAGAAGCUGUCGUCAUUAACUAAAGAUUUGAACGAUGCCAAGGAGCAAAUCGAGCAACUGCAAAGUACGGUGUCGUCAAUGAAAAAGAGGGAAGAGGAAUCGACGCUCUCUCUUGCCGAAAACAAGUUGACAGUGCACAAGGAAUUGGAAAUGAGGGACGAGCAGCUGAAGCGCUACAAGACUAGUGUGGAGGACCUAACAAAAGAGAGAGACGACCUGAAUAGUAGAGUAAAUCAGCUGCAAAACGAACUUAGUGCCUUGAAUGGAAGCAAUCGCGUCAUCGAUGAGGAGAAGACAGAUCUUCAGGUACGAAUAUUUCUCAAUUAGAAUAAAUCUAUCCAGCAUAUACU